AUGUCGGUCGCCAUUUUGACGCUGCUACUUCUCGCACUGGCCGCCUUCAGCCACGGACACCCACAAAAGCCCAACUUGGACGCAAUAUUGAACCGCAGAACUGAUGUCUACAUCGCCGGGUUCUUCCCUUUUGGAAAGGGAGUGGAAAACUCGAAUACAGGGCGAGGCGUGAUGCCCAGCGUGAAGCUGGCUUUGGACCACGUCAACGAGCACGAGACAGUGCUCCGGAACUACCGCCUGCACAUGUGGUGGAACGACACUGAGUGCAACGCUGCGGUUGGCGUGAAGUCAUUCUUCGACAUGAUGCACAGCGGGCCGCAUAAGCUGAUGCUGUUCGGCGCCGCGUGCACCCACGUCACGGACCCCAUCGCUAAAGCCUCCAAGCACUGGCACCUCACACAGCUUUCGUACGCUGACACGCACCCGAUGUUCACCAAAGAAGCGUUCCCUAACUUCUUCAGAAUAGUGCCAUCAGAAAACGCUUUCAACUUGCCAAGGAUACGUCUGCUUCAACACUUCAACUGGACGAGAGUUGGAACCAUUUAUCAGAAUGAACCGCGAUACGCGCUGGCUCACAACCGCCUCUUGGCUGAUCUAGAUUCUAAUGGAUUUCUUAUAGAAGAGACACAAAGUUUUGCAACGGAAGUGAAGACGGCUCUCGCCAAACUCAAGGAGAAGGACGUUAGGAUCAUUUUGGGAAACUUUAACGAGACCUGGGCCUUGAAGAUAUUCUGCGAAGCUUACAAUUUAGAUAUGUACGGCCGAGCUUACACCUGGCUUUUGCUCGGCACGUACAGUAACAACUGGUGGCACCGCCGAGCUCCCUGUUCCAGGAAAAACCUGACCGCUGCUCUGGAUACGACCAUACUGACUGACCUCCUGCCACUAUCUACCACAGGCGACUCCACGGUAUCCGGCAUUACGGCGAAGGAUUAUCAAGUUGAAUAUGAUCGAAGGCGAGGCCUUGAAUAUUCUAGGUUUCAUGGUUACACAUACGACGGCAUAUGGGCUAUGGCGUUAGCAAUUCAAACGGUGGCUCAAAGAGUCAAGUCGAAAUAUAAAGAGAAAACAGUCCAAGACUUCAAGUACCGGGACAAGGAGUGGGAGCUACUCUUUUUGGAAGCGCUCAGUAACGUCACCUUCGAAGGGGUCACUGGUCCCGUUCGUUUCUACGACAAUGAACGCAAGGCAUCUAUUCUUCUGAAGCAGUUCCAAGGUGAAGGAGUAGGAGAAGUGAAGGUUGGAGAGUACUGUGCAGAAAGAGAUCAUUUGGACCUUAUGAGUGGAGAAGCGUUUAGAUGGAUUGGCAAGAAUCCUCCAAAAGAUAGAACUUUGCGUCUGAUCGAGCACACGCAGGUGAACAUCACAAUCUACUCCAUCUUGGUAUCAUGCUCAGUGCUGGGCAUCCUACUUGCCAUUGGUUUCCUCGCCAUGAAUAUACACUACAGAAACCAAAGAUACAUCAAGAUGUCAUCCCCGCACUUGAACAACUUGAUCAUUGUUGGCUGCAUGCUGACAUAUCUGAGCGUCAUCUUCCUGGGGCUCGACUCCAGCCUCAGUUCCAUCGCGGCGUUCCCGUACAUCUGUACGGCCAGGGCCUGGCUCCUCAUGGCGGGAUUCAGCCUAGCUUUCGGAGCUAUGUUUUCCAAGACCUGGAGAGUGCACUCGAUCUUCACUGACGUUAAAUUAAAUAAGAAGGUCAUAAAAGAUUACCAGCUAUUUAUGGUGGUGGGCGUCCUCCUGGCCAUCGACCUGGCCAUUAUGACCACGUGGCAGGUUUCAGAUCCUUUCUACCGAGCGACUAAGCAAAUGGAUCCAUACCCGCACCCGACUAGCGAAGAUAUCGUCAUCGUGCAGGAGAACGAGUACUGCCAGUCGGAACGCAUGACUAUAUUUAUUGGGAUCAUCUAUGCUUACAAAGGCCUGCUUUUGGUGUUCGGUGCAUUCCUGGCGUGGGAGACCCGCCACGUGUCAAUCCCGGCGUUAAACGACUCCCAACACAUCGGCAUGUCUGUGUACAACGUGCUCAUGAUGUGCAUCGCCGGCGCUGCCAUUACUCUUGUAUUGCAAGACCACAAGGAUGCGUUGUUUAUUAUAAUCGCUGUCUUCAUAAUAUUUUGCACGACGGGGACUCUGUGUUUGGUCUUCGUGCCUAAGUUACUAGAACUCCGCCGUAACGGGCCUGGGGCCGCGGGCGCCGGCCGCAUUCGCGCCACGCUGCGGCCCGCCUCCACCCACGAGUGUCGCUCGCCCGGACCCGAACUGGAGAGGAGGAUGAAAGAACUCAGACAGUACAACAAUCGCUACAGAAGGACGCUGCAAGCUAAGGAGAACGAACUUCAGAUGCUGCUCAGCAAGUUGGGAAGCGAUGCCAGUUCAGAAUCCUCGACGCGAGGAGACUCCCGAUCACCAGCCACGCAGAGAACCAGGCUGCCUAUUCCUAAGGAAAAUAUUAGUCAUCCUGAAACAAGCGACAUUACCUCAGUGUGCAGCCUCAGCGCGUCAGCUGGCGCUGAGGCUGAGUACAUCAACCUCACUACUCAGCACUCUGUUGACAAGCCCAAACCUUCAGCCCCUCCAGAGCCUGCAAUAAAGGAACCGAUUAUUCCAAAAGAACCUAAGAAGGAACAGACUAAGAAUGUUUCAUUCAAAAACCAUUUGGACUACACUAGCCCACCCUCAUCAAAAGCGGUGCCAGAAAAAGAUCAGCUUGCAAAAUUGCCUUACGGCUGGAGUACAGAGGAACCACCAGAACCUCCGAUAGUAAUGAAAAUUUCGGAACCAGCGAAGGCAGAAGCGAAGACCAUCCCCGCUCUGAAGACAAGUGACACGUCCACCGCUAAGUCUGUACCAGCCAAGGUGCAAGAGCCCAUGUACACUAAAGCAGCUACACCUAAAAUUAUUAAGACACCUGAACUACAAAAGAAAACAGUCAAAACCCAAGAACCAAUAUCUACAAAGACGACCCCGUCUAGAGAGCACAAAUCUUCAUCCAAAGGACACAGGAGGAUGUCCAGUGUGAGUCAGGGAGCACUCCUAACAGACAUAAUGCACGUGUCUAUAGACCAGGAUGACCUUGAACCACCGCCAGGGAUGGAGAGGAAAGUUAUAGGUCAAGAAAGAGACCCGCCUCUCCCUUUAAAACCAACGCUAGUAAAACAGGAGCCAGAAGACAUUCUCGACGUAGAUGAUUACUCAUCAACAGAAAGGAGAAAAUCAUGUCAAAGAAGAGAUUCAGAGAAGAGAAAAAAAGAGAGCUUUAUAGUAGUACAAAGUGACCUGUGGGAUACGAACACGUUUCAGUAUAUUUGUCAAAAAUCACCGCAAGGUGAGAUUACUACAGGUCACCAUCAUUCUCCAAUGCAAAGGAGUGUAUCAGAGAAGAGUAGACAGUCGCAGUCUUCGCCACAUCAUCAUAGGGAAACAGAUACAAGGAGCGUGGAAAGAAGAGCUUCAAAUGCUUCCAUAAACUACUGUACAACUAGAGGGGGCACUCCCGAAGGAUAUCGGGAAGCAGAAACCCUCAGAAUGACUGACAGGUUAUCAAAGCGCCGAGGGUCAGAAUUUCCUCAGCCUGUAAGCACACCUCCACAACAAACUCAAAUCAAAAGGAGACAGUCUGCAGCGCAAGUCAGACCAUAUCAAGAGGAAAGGUUUCAAAAAUCUGAAGCAACGCCAAGAAGACACGAUGAUAUUCCUAGAAAGGCUGCUCCGGUCCAGGAGUCAAGUUUAGAGUCUGACUCUUAUAAACCAGCCCCAGACACGAUCAGAGUGUCAAAAGGUCAGGAUUCUCCUGCUAAGAGGCUAAGGCAAGAAGCUGAGCCUUUAAAAAGGGCGAAGGGCGUGGGAGACUCGCCGAGACUAACGCAGGCUACGCAUCAGCCGAGGCCUGAUCAUCAUAAGAGCAGUCCUAAUGUAGCGUCUAGACAUAAAACUGAUUCCCCGCACAAACGUGAAGAACGGAAAUCAGCGACGUACAGGACCGACUCGAAGCGCCAAGAGUCAGUGGACCAGCGCAAGAUGUACACCGCGAGCUCAGAGUCGGAGCUGUUCGAGUGCGCCAUCCUUCCCAUCUUCCACAAACUACUCACCGAGCGGCACAAGAGCCAGCCUCAUGGGCUCAAUCUUAGUUACGGUGUGAGCUGUCCUAAUAUAUCAAUAAAGUGUGAUAUAGUUGAGUAUUUGUAA